CUACAACAUUAUUAUUAUUAUAAUUAUUUAAUUUUAGUUUCAUUAUUAUUUUUAUUGACUUUAUUGGGAGCAAGUGGGUAUUCCUUGUUCUAUAUAAUCCAACUUCUACACCAUUCCAAAAACCCUUCUCUUUCCCACCUUAUCUCCCUCCCUAUAACCCUUAUUCACCCUCUUAAUUCUUCUACUUCUACUUUCUACUCACAAAAAUCUCCCUCUUAAUCCCAGAGCCGGAGAUCGAGAUCGAAUUGAAGAGAUCUAUUAAUCUUAUAGAUAUAAAUCGAUGUUAAUAAUAACCAAAAGAAGUACCUCUGAAGAUGUCUCCGGUACUCAGUGAAGUUCUCCUUUCUGGGUAUAUGAUAAGCUCCAGUCUCCGCCGUAGAACCCAUCUUGUUCAAUCUUUCUCUGUUGUUUUCCUUUACUGGUUCUACGUUUUCUCAUGAACUAAUUCAACCCUUUUUUAAAUUAUAAUUAUUGUUAUUAAUUAUUAUUAAUUGCUCUUUUUUUUAAUUUUUAUUUUCCCAAAAAAAACUGCUUUUUUAAUUUUAUUAUAUUAUGGCGGGUUCAUCGAGUACUGCAACCGGGUCUUCAUCGGGUUAUUCGGAUCAGGAAGCGGGUCGGGUGGAUGUGAAAGUAGUGGAUCAGAGAAAGAGGAAGAGAAUGCUGUCCAAUAGAGAAUCGGCACGUAGGUCAAGGAUGCGUAAACAGCAACACAUGGAUGAGUUAGUGUCACAGGUGGGUGAGCUAAAGAAAGACAACAGUCAAAUCAUAAACAGCCUUAACAUCACCAACCAGAUGUACCUAAAUCUUGAGGCAGAGAACUCUGUUCUCAGAGCUCAAAUGGGUGAACUCACUCACAGAUUACAGUCACUCAACGAAAUAAUCGACUGUAUAAACUCAUCAACAACAACAACAACUGAAACUACUACAUCACCAUACCCUUUUGAUCAUCAUCAUCAUCAUCAUAAUAAUCAGAUAUUUGAUGAUCAAGAUUCUCAGAUGAUGAUGAUGAUGAUGAUCAACCCUUGGAACUCUCUUCCUCUUAAUCAACCAAUCAUGGCAGCCUCAGCAGAUCAUCAGAUGUAUAUGUAUUGAUAUAAUUAUUGUCCUAGGUGGGGUCCAUUCUCUUUAAUUAUAUAUUUAUUAGUGUUUUUUUUUUUUGGCUUGUUUUGGGUAAUUUUAUUAUAAAUUAUUAGGGUGGGAGAUGGGGUUAAUUUUGUGUUCUUAUAUUAAAGCCUUUUGUGUCACAUAUUAUUAUUAGAGAAAUUGGUUGGCAUAUGUAAUAUUAUUGGGCUUGUAAAAUAUAUGUGGGAUUGUCAUAAGAAUAUAAUAAACUCCAUUAUUAUUGAACA